AAAAAACAACAACAAUUAAAGUGAUUAUUGUUUGUAACUGAUAAAUUUGAUUUAAUUAGCAUUAGUUUAUUAUGAUAGUUUAUAAAACUAGAUAGAAUACAACAGGGUUAUAACAGCAGAAGACCACAUUGGGUUCCACUCCAGUCAGUCAAGAAUAAGAGUAUCAUGGGCACAGGCUCACCCAAACUGGACAGUUGAAUAUUAGAAAAAAAUAUAUCACCUGAUCCUCUGCUUGGGAAUGGCCAGUCACAAACACCUUAUCAUGGGAGAUGAAAUAUAAUGCCAUUCUUAUAAGAUAAGAUAAUAGUUUUUAAUCCCCAGACUCCCUGGAGAAAUUAGCAGCAUCAAGACAGGUGAAGAAAAAAAAGAGAUAGUAAAGAGAACAAUACAGGGAAAUAUAUAUAAAGGGUAUAUGCAAGAUGUAUAAAUAUGUAUAUGACAUAACAUAUGUCAAAUAUGUAUAUGACAAACGUAUAUAAAUUAAUAUGAAAAUCAAUAAGAAUCAUUUUAGGGGAAAAAUUAAAAAUGUACAAUAACUUGGUUGCAUAAGAAGCUUUAGAUUUUAUCACAGCAUUCAAUAUAUAUUUUUUUGGUAAGCAGUUUGGCACAUCUUGACUUGCACUGACUGCAAGCGGAACCUCUGUGGACAUUCUCCAGCAGGAGGCGCUGUAAACAUGAACUCCAACGUAAACUCACCACAGAAGAAGACGAGCUGCAGUUUUUAUUUCUUGGUGCCAAAAGCUGAGUUUUCUGACUGACCUAAUCACAUCCAAGUUCAGAUCUGACAAGGCUUUACUGUAACGGAUUUGAUAGAUUUAUCAUUUAAAGUACAAACUUACUGUUUCUGGAUUUGAGUUUUUCAACACGUUCUACUUUUAAUACUUGAGAAAUGAACAACCCCCAGUUACAAGCCUUCGUCUGCUCGUGGUGUCCACUUGUCUGCAUAUCUCAGAUUGACCUCCACAAACACAUGAGAAGAUGCCACUGUGAGGAUUAUAUGAAACUCAUGAAAUCAGGAAAGGUAUAAUAUGACAAACCAAUGCCUACAGGAAACUCAGACAGUCAACAAACAAUCUCUGGUAUUCUCAACUGUCAUAUCACUCAUAGAGAAAUGCAAGGAGGUAUCUUUCACUGCUCACAGUGUGGGAAGAGUUUUACUGACCAGAGUACUCACCAACAGCAUCAAUGCAAUCACACAGCAGAGAAGCUGCGUCACUGCUCUGAGUGUGGGAAGAACUUUGCCCAACAGAGCCAACUCCAACGCCACCAACGCAAUCACACAGGAGAGAAGCCUUAUAACUGCUCAGAGUGUGGAAAGACAUUCAUUGGGAAGAAUACUCUUAAAGCACACCAGCACACUCACACAGGAGAGAAGCUGCAUCACUGCUUACAGUGUGGGAAGAGUUUCGGCCAGCAGGGUAAUCUCCAGUGUCACCAACGUGUUCACAACGGAGAGAAGCCAUAUUACUGCUCACAGUGCGGGAUGUGUUUUACCCAGCAGAGUAAUCUCCAGCGACACCAGCGUAUUCACAAUGGUGAGAAGCCGUACCACUGCUCACAGUGCGGGAAGAGUUUUGUAAACAACUGUAGUCUCCGAACACACCAGCGCAUUCACAACGGAGAGAAGCCACACCACUGCUCAGAGUGUGGGAAAAGUUUUAUAUACAAGAGUGAUUUCCAGAUACACCAGCGCAUUCACACAGGAGAGAAACCAUAUAACUGCUCAGAGUGUGGGAAACGUUUUACAACCAUGAGUAAUUUCCAACGGCAUCAGCGCAUUCACACAGCAGAGAAACCACAUCACUGUACACACUGUGGAAAGAAUUUUAUUCAUGAGAAUCAACUCCAGAAACACCAGAGCAUUCACACAGGAGAGAAGCCGUAUCAGUGCUCAGAGUGUGGGAAGAGCUUUAGUUACAAGAGUCCCCUCAAGAAACACCACCGCGUUCACAUGGCAGAGAAGCCAAUUCAGUGCUUGGUGUGGACGGAGAUUCAUUUAUUCACAGCUGAAGAUACUAGAGUUGACCUACAUGGAGCUAUCAGUUUGUAAUGCACAAUCUCUAAAUGAAGUAUUGUAAUUAAUAUAAUUGCUGAUUAAACAAACUAUACAGCA